AUGCAUCUCCGGCUACCGCUCAGCCUACACUAUCCGAUCACUGUAACUUCGCUCCUCAAGCAGGAGGGAGAUACGGUGGAGCGGGAUGAGGCUCUUUUCUGGUAUAUCUAUCAGACUACUGUGGAAGAGGGCGACGGGCUGGGAAAUCAGGUGUUUGUGAAGCGGAAGUUUCCGACGCGCUUUGAAUCCACUGUGGAUGGGACGAUUGUGAAGUGGAAUAUCGCCAAAGGGGAUAUUAUCGAUGAACCUGUGGAUGUUGUCGAAGUCGAGGAGCCAUGUGCGCAUGAGGUCCAGUUCGGUGGGAUGUGCGCGGAGUGUGGAAAGGACAUGACCGAAGCGACCUACAACACCGAGAUCUCGGAAACCUCUCGCGCCCCGAUCUAUAUGACUCAUGACAACACCACGCUGACUGUCAGUGAGAAGGAGGCCACUCGUGUCGAGGAGGAUGCCAAGCGUCGCCUCCUGGCCUCCCGGCGUCUGUCCCUGGUGGUGGAUCUUGAUCAAACGAUUAUCCAUGCCACCGUUGACCCGACAGUGGGCGAAUGGAAGGAGGACAAGGAUAACCCGAAUUAUGAAGCAUUGAAGGGCGUUCGGUCGUUUCAAUUGGUCGACGAUACGCCAGGGGCUCGUGGAUGCUGGUAUUACAUCAAGCUCCGGCCUGGGCUCGAGGAGUUCUUGGAGAGAGUUGCCGAUCUCUUUGAAUUGCACAUCUACACCAUGGGCACUCGAGCCUAUGCUCAAAAUAUUGCCGACCUCAUUGAUCCGACUCGCAAGCUCUUUGGAGACCGCAUUCUUAGCCGUGAUGAGAGCGGGAGCUUGACGGCCAAGAAUUUGCAGCGGCUCUUCCCUGUGGACACCAAGAUGGUCGUCAUUAUUGAUGACCGCGGUGACGUCUGGCGGUGGAUCCCCAAUCUGAUCAAGGUUGUUCCUUAUGACUUUUUCGUUGGAAUUGGCGAUAUCAAUUCCAGCUUUUUGCCGAAGAAGCAAGAUAUUGCAGCAUCGCGGAAGGCGAUCAAGGGAUCGAGUGAGAAGGAAAAUGAGGCGAAGGAACACCAUGUUAACGGUUCUACCAUGAAGACGAAUGAGCCCGAAACGGGGGUGUCUGCUUUGGAACAGCUAGUCACAAUGGGCGGUGGUGAUGACCCAAGAUUACUGCAGGAGCAGACCAACGCGCAAGAGGAGACAAUCAUGCACCAAGUCGAGGAUCGGCCUCUGUUGCAGAAACAGAAGGAGCUGGACGCGGAUGACGAUGCUUCCGCUGAUGGUAGCGAGUCGUCCUUCAGCGCGGAUGAUUCUCAAGAGACAGCCAAGCCUCGACAUCACCUGCUCGAAGACAACGAUACUGAGCUCUUCAGGCUUCAAGAGCGGCUGGAGGAUCUCCAUAAGCUUUUCUUUGACGAGUACGACAAGAGGAGGACCAACCUGGGUGGCCGUGUGGCGGCCCUCCGCGGCGAAAAAGCCGCUUCCAAAGACAAAGACGUGGACCUGAAGCUUGUACCCGAUAUCAAGGACAUCGUCCCUCUGUACAAGCGCUCAGUCCUCGGUGGUGUUGUCGUGGUCUUCUCGGGCGUCAUUCCGCUAGGCCAGGAUCUCCAGAACGCGGAAGUCUCCCUCUGGGCGAAAUCCUUCGGCGUGACCGUGAUGAGCAAGAUCGAUAAACACGUAACGCACCUUGUUGCUGGCCGUAACCGCACCGCCAAAGUUCGUGACGCCACGCGCUGGCCAAACAUCAAAAUCGUCACGGCACAGUGGCUCUACGACUCUGUCAUCAACUGGAGUCACAUGGACGAGGAGCCCUACUUGCUUCCCGUACAUCCAGACGACCGCUGUGAGCCCAUCUCUCCUGGCUCCCACGAAUUGGCUGAGAGCGCGUGGAUCUCUUCGUCAGACGAAGGGACAGGCUCGGCAUGGACCGACGACGAAGCGAACGAGAUGAUGUUCAAGGACGCAGGACUGAACAAGGCCUCGCCCCUCGGUUACGACGAAGAUGAGCAGGCGGCCGUGCACGACGAGCUGAAGGACUUCCUUGGCAGCGACGACGAUAGCGAGAGCGACAGUGACUACUUUGCGGACGAGUCCGCCCAGCCGAGCAAGAAGCGCAAGCGCGGCGAUGGGAAUGACAGCCCCACAGACGAGGAGGCGACGGAUGACGACGGUGACGAGUCAGAUCCCAAAGGAUCCCGGCUUUCGCAGCGCAUCAAGCGCUCAUAUGAGCGGAGCACCGGGCUGCGCGAGGUUGCUACCGCUGGAGCUUCAGAGACAGACGAAUCUCGAUCUGAGAAGGCUCUCCCCACGGCUCCGAUUGGCGAGGAGGACAGGGAGGGUGAUGCCGGUAAAGGAGAUACCACCGCCGUUGGCGAAGAAGAGGGUCGUUCCGAGGUUUCGGACGAGGAGGACGGGUUUGAGAAGGAGAUGAUGGCAGCGUUUGAAGAUCCGGAAUACACAGAGAAAUCCGAGGACGAGUCCAUGACGGUCGAGGAGAACCAAUAG